AUGCCCGGGGGCUGCUCGGGGAUUCAGCUGCGGGGAAGAGCCCCGCGCGUCUCCUGGCUUCCCUGGGCCCUCUGGGGCAGCUUGGUCCUGGCUCCGGCUUGCGGAUACGUGAUAGUGAACUCGGUCUCCUGGUCGGUCCCCAGCGAGGUGGAGGAAGAGCUGGACAGCUCCUCCAACGAAGAGGCUCUCCCCGCGCUCCUGGAAGACACGACCAGUAUCUGGAAGCAAAGCUACCCGGCCUCGGUGUACAAAGAGGAGGAGGAGGAGGACAUGCGGGCCAGGCCGGGAUCGGGGAGGCCGAAGCAGAUCUCUUCGCCGGCGCGGAUGUUCUCUUACCGGAGGGAGAGCGCCAAAGGAGCAGGCAGCCCGGCGCUUCCUCUGGAGCAAGCGGCCCGAACGGCCCGGCUGCUGAUGCGUCGCCACGGCUGGGGCUUCCUGGCCACGAUAUCGGCCAGCGAAAAGAUCCAAGGGACACCAUUUGGGAAUUGCUUAUCUAUCAGCGAUGGCCCCACAGACAACAGCACUGGAAUUCCUUACUUUUACAUGACUCCAAAGGAUAACACUGUCGCUGACCUGAUGAAAAAUUCAAUUGCUUCAUUGACAUUGCCUGAGGCAGAAGGAGAUUUCUGCAGGAAAACAAUUGUUGAUCCCGAUGACCCAAGGUGUACCAGGCUAAUUUUUACUGGAGAGAUGGUUAGAGUGCCUCCAGAAGAGCUGGAGUCUGUCAAGCAAGCUCUCUUUUCUAGGCACCCCAUAAUGAGAAAAUGGCCUCGCAGUUAUGAAUGGUUCUUUAUGAAAAUGAACAUUGAACAUAUAUGGCUACAGAACUGGUAUGGAGGAAUUACAACCAUUACAUUGGAGGAAUAUUUCAGAGCAGUUCCUAGUAAACCUUAA